AGGCUGGGGGCGCUGCCCGCGCGGAGCCGACCUUGCCUGUUGGGUCGACACCGAACCGCGAUGCGCCCUGAGCCGGGCGGGGCUGCCUUCCCUUUGGAACGUGAUACCGGUGCUUCGUGGAUGGGCCACGCUUCUGGGUCGGCAACUUCUGGAGGAGCGUCCGAGGGCAGUGACCGGCCCCGAGGUCGCCCGCCGGGGUUGUGGGGCGCUGGGCUCGGCAGGAGGGUUGCUGGUUCGCCUGGUUUCCCAGGGGCGCUGGGCGAAUGGGAUCUUUCCGUGUAGCCGCCUUCACUCUUCUCCCCAUCGGGGCUUGGCGUAUUGGCCCCUUUGCAUCAUUGGGAUCGAAUGUAUCAUUUUGCUUGAAGUCACAGUUCAUGAGUGAAUGCCUAUUAAGAUGGCAGGCAAAGUCUUAGUUACCUUUCAACCACGAUUCGCGUCUCAUCUCGGCUGUGAACAGAAACUGUUCCGUUUCUGCUCUAAAACGAGUAGGAAUGUGUUGAGUGAGUGUAUUGAAUGGACUGACCACACCGGUCAGGCUGUGGUGAGGACAUUUCCAGCAUUUUAUGCCGUUCACAUAAAAUUCCAGAGAGGGAGGUUCUAGCUAAAGCCUUUUGCUGCACUUGUGGUCUGUGCUGAGAAACAUGAGCCAAAGCCCCCUGUGCCGCUGGUCUCUACGACCCUUCCAGGUAAAGACCAGCCACCAAAAGCUGUGAAGCAAGAUAAAUUAUUCUCUCCAAAUAAAAGAAAGCCAGAGUCCAUGAGCGGCCAGCGGUCGUCCAGGAAACGAUGUGGGGACGCGCGCGCGGAGUCCCCCGUGGGCUUCGGGCACACGAGCGCCCCAGGGUGUGUGUUAAACAAGUUGUUUCAGCUGCCCACGCCGCCGCUGUCCAGGCACCAGCUCAAGCGGCUGGAAGAGCACAGAUACCAGAGUGCCGGCCGGUCCCUGCUGGAGCCCCUGAUGCAGGGGUACUGGGAGUGGCUCGUGGGAAGGGUCCCCUCCUGGAUCGCCCCGAACCUCAUCACCAUCGUCGGGCUGUCCAUAAACAUCUGCACGACGGUCUUAUUAGUCUUUUACUGCCCUACAGCCACAGAGCAGGCACCUCUGUGGGCAUAUAUUGCCUGUGCGUGUGGCCUUUUCAUCUACCAGUCUUUGGAUGCCAUAGACGGGAAACAGGCGAGAAGAACCAAUAGCAGUACUCCUUUGGGAGAACUUUUUGAUCAUGGUUGUGAUUCACUAUCAACAGUGUUUGUGGUUCUUGGAACUUGUAUUGCGGUGCAACUGGGGACAAAUCCCGAUUGGAUGUUCUUUUGUUGUUUUGCUGGGACGUUCAUGUUCUAUUGUGCGCACUGGCAAACAUAUGUUUCUGGAACAUUGCGAUUUGGAAUAAUUGAUGUGACUGAAGUGCAAAUCUUCAUAAUAAUCAUGCAUUUGCUGGCAGUGAUUGGAGGACCACCUUUUUGGCAAUCUAUGAUUCCAGUGCUGAAUAUUCAAGUGAAAAUUUUUCCUGCACUUUGUACUGUCGCAGGGACCAUAUUUUCCUGUACGAAUUAUUUCCGUGUAAUCUUCACAGGUGGUGUUGGGAAAAACGGAUCAACAAUCGCAGGAACAAGUGUCCUUUCUCCUUUUCUCCACAUUGGAUCCGUGAUCACAUUAGCUGUGAUGAUCUACAAGAAAUCCGCAGUCCAGCUUUUCGAAAAGCAUCCCUGUCUUUAUAUACUGACAUUUGGUUUUGUAUCUGCUAAAAUCACCAAUAAGCUUGUGGUGGCGCACAUGACAAAGAGUGAAAUGCAUUUGCACGACACAGCCUUCAUAGGCCCAGCACUUCUGUUUCUGGAUCAGUAUUUCAACAGCUUUAUCGAUGAAUAUAUUGUGCUUUGGAUUGCCCUGGUCUUCUCUCUCUUUGAUUUGAUCCGCUACUGUGUCAGCGUCUGCAAUCAGAUCGCAUCUCACCUGCACAUACACGUCUUCAGAAUCAAGCUUUCUUUGCCAAGGAGCUCAGCUCAGGAGCAGAUGUCCCCCACUGGCGUGUGAGGGGGAGCUAGUGACCAACACCCGGAAUUCGGAGGGAAAGGUUUCCUAUCUUGACAUCGUGGAGGAAGUCAUUUUUUUAUUGCUCAAGAAAUGGAGUGUCUCACGGGCUGGGACCCUGUCAGCAUGCGGAAUAAUGUACCUUUGUCGAUUCAUUUUAUUUUUUUAAAUAAAUAUAUGAUCUGAAAGCCA